UAUCAAACUCAUGACUAAGUAACUUGUAAAGAUGGACACAGAUACGUCUCCAAAUCAAGCUCAGGACAAAAUUAAAGUGGAAAAUCCAGAAGACAAAAAUGAGCGCCUCUCCAUUAAAGUGGAUUACUUGGAGAGCAGAGCUGCUCACCUGUCCACCUCCAACACAGAUCUGUCCAACAGGUUUGUCCAAAGUGAAGAGGAGAAGCUUAAGCUAUCAAAAGAGCUUGUGGAGGAGAAGCUUCAAGUGAACAAGAUGAGAGCUCAGUUUGAGGAGGAGACAUUGGAACUGAAAAACAAGAUAUUGAACCACAAAGAUGAGAUAACAGAACUCGAAACCGAGCGAGACAAAUUGAUCGCAAAGAUCCAAACAGCAGAGGGUCAUUCAAAAGUCAUCAGAGAAAGCAGCGAAGAGUGCGCCUCGCUCAAAAAGAACUACCUGGCUCUGGCUGAGGCCCACCACAAAGAGCUGGCCCAGAGCAAGGAGCUGAGCGCAGAGCUGCUGACUUUCGCCCAGGCCCAGGAUACCCUGCGCAGCCAGCUGGCCAGGCAGCACCAGAGGGCUGAGGAGACCACGCAAGGCCUUCAUGGGGAGCUGGACCGAGUCAGGGGCCUCAUCAGCCGCAUGUUGCAUAACCGAGUCAAGCCAGAAGAGCUUGCUGCUUUGAACAGGGAGCAAAAAAACAUGGAAAAAACACUUUUUGGAAACCAGAAUGAAAUUAAGGACAUGAUGGAGGACAUGAAGCGCAGCUAUGAAGAAGAGCAGAGGAAACUCAAGGAAAAGAUUGAGUCGAUUGGAAAAGAGCCGCAAAAACCAUCUGAGCAGAGUCUGACUUGUUUGUGCUGUCAGAGCCAGUUGAAGAAGGCUGAAGAGGACAACGCAAGGCUGCAGCUGCAAGUCAAAGAGCUUAAUGAGCAAUACCGUGCAAGACUUGUGUGUUAUUUAAGGGACAUAACUGAGUACAUCGAUGGCCUUGGAGGAAACAAAGUGCUAUCAGAGGGGAACAAGUUGAAGGUGUUUGUGGACAACAUGUUAAGGGACGUCCGCUCAUCCUACAGAGCUCGCGAGGAACAGCUCGCUAGCGCCGCUCGAGAUUACAAAAAGAAUCUUCAGAGGAUCACCAAGACCUAUCAUGUCCUAAUGAAAGCAUACAGGACUCAGAGAGAGCAGAUUUUGUCUAAACCAGACAACAGUCUGGACCCUGGACCCCCAGAAGCGUAUUUCAUCGUGGAGCCCACUGAGCUGAGAGAGGAAUCCGAGAAGGUUCUCCAGCAGCUUGAGCAAGACAAGUCUAAACUGGAGAGUCAGUGGCAGGUGGCUCGAAACCAGGUGGCAGUCCUUAAAACUCUUCCUGACUCUUCAAGCUGCCAGGAGAUGCCAAAACUAGAGAAGCUAUUCGAAGAAUCCUGGUUGGUCAUCAGGGAACAGCUGAAGGAGAUAACCGACUCCACGCUGGAGAGCUAUGAGAGAGAGCAGAAGCUUCUCAUCACCAAAGCAAACGUUGCUGAAGCGCAGGUGUCACAGCUGCAGGACUACAUUGACAACCAUCUGGACAGGUAUAAACAAGAGAUUGCACAUCUCAGUCUUCUGCAUGCGAAGGAGGAGGCAUCACGGACACACAGCACUCACUAAGUCACUUAUCACUAUUGUUAUCUCAUUAUUUCAUUCUGUAAAUGACACAAUUAAGAUACCCAUUCCACACUUCAUUCAUGUGAUCACUAGGUGGUGUGUUGUCCCCCCUUUCCCCUGCGGUGACAUUCCCAAAGAAAUCGGGCCUUGAGAAAAAAAUGCCUGGAAUGUUUGUAAAGCUUAUGUCAAUUUCACGAGCUCAGGAGAAGAAAGAGCGGCGACAAUGAGGGGUCACCCUGGUGAGAAUAAUGUCAUUACAUGUUACCCAGACGCGUACACGCCCGUCCCUAAAUGCUUUCUGUUCAAUGCUGCAGGGCGAGCCCAGGCUUUUUCCCAGAAUCAGCCUUCAUAUUUAUUACCUCCCCUUUAAAAUUCAUUUAAAGAGUGAAUAGAGCCCCCCAGUGACUUUAAUGGCACAAUUUAUAACUGACAUAAAAGCUUAAGGAAAACUUUAAGUUUCAUCUAAAAUUGAACUAGUCAUGGGGAUUUACAGUAUGGGAAAAGUGUCAUGCAGACAUUUCACCCCAAUCCCCUUUUGAGGGCUGCCUCAUGGGAGGGAGGGGGGUCUGGGUGUGAAAAGUUUGAGAGGAAUGGGAAGUGGGAUUUUGUUGGUCAUGUAUUACACUCCCAGGGCCCUGGGACUGGGGGAUGGUGUGGUGGCGGGGGUGCAGCUUGGGCCUGUGCCAACAUAGUCACUGUGCCAAAGCGCUGGGGAGCACUCCUCGCACCGCCGGCUCUGUGGGAAAAUCAAAAGCAGGUUGGUUCUUUUUGCUGCGCUGCCAACAAAGACGGUGUGUUGCAACUGUUUGCGAAAGAAUCUGUCGCAAACAUCUACCGGUAAUAAAAAGAUUUUCAGAAGUAGAAACAGUCACUUAAAAGUAUGACUAUACAGUGUUUUUUCAAUUAUAAAUGACAAAUUUGAAAGAAAAACCUGAAAAUGCAGUAAGUAGCAGACUCGGUCAAUAAAUGAUGAACAAUGUCUUCAUUUUAGGUGGUUGCAUGCGCAAAGGUUAAAUGUAAAACAUUGAUUAGGGGACCUAUGAUGAUUACAUUUAAAAAGACUUCCUUGUGGCCCAGAUAAAAGUUAUUGGAUUUGCUUUGGUGUAAAUCUUGCUAAACAGUCACUUUCAUAACCCGUUUUUUUAGUCUGUCUGCAUGAUGUUUGUUUCUGGAGGCGUUCCUAGAUUCCAAAUUAAACCACGUCCCACCCUCUUAAAGUACAAGUAGAUUGGAAAAACAAGUUUACUUUAUACGCUUGUUUCAUUGUAUCCAUUAAACCAUAUCCAAUUGCAUUUACAAUCCGCAAAAUAUGUGAAAAUCACAAAAUACCAUAAAUUUGGUCAGCCAUUUUUUAUAUUGUGCUCCAAAUAUCUUUGGUAAUUUCCGUAGAUUGUACGUCACUGGAGGAACGUUUCUGCCCUCUGACCAUAUUAUCAGAUCAGUCAUACUGGAAAAACGCAAAAAUUGGAAAGAGAUUUGCUAUUCAUCAUUCACAAUCCUUAUGUUAGACAUAAUCACAAAUGCUUGGCUAUUUUAUAUGCAUUCGAAAUCGUAAAUAAAUAGCGCACAAUUGAGUCAACAGAUUGAGGGUCCUCUAUUGCGGCCAUUAUACCCUCUAAAAAAUAUCCAACAAUAUUCCGUUUACAUGUCAUGACCUGAAAAUUAACCAAAUAUAAGUGAUAUUGUUAAUAUAGACUCCAACAAAGAUAGCAUUGAUAGCAGUGAGCAAAUGCUAGCUUACGCUGCUAUUAGUAACAUUUUGAUCUGGCAGAUGGUUUUGCUUUGUCUCAAACUUGCUAAAAGUAAAUUCUAGAUUACAAUUCAUGCAUCUCUAACCUAGCAGUAGACAAAUGUGGCCAUGGACCGAGAGGCUGGUCGAUUUUGACAUCCCCCAAGAUGGCAAAAAAUACACAAAAAGACGCUUGUUGUGGCAACUUUUUUUAACCCUUUGUGAGGAUUCUGAUUGAUUCUUCAUCAAAACGUAAAUAUGUGAGCGUCCUGUCAGUUGACAUCGCAUAUUUUGGUUUACUACUGUUGUUUUUUAUGCUUAGCACUAGCAAUGCUGCUGAUGCUAUAAUGUUUCAAUAAAGCUACAUCCGUAUAGCACUCUGCUUCUAAAAUGUAUAGCUCAUCCUCUUUGUGUUCGGGGCUCAAAAAUAUAAGGUUCUAGACCAUAAUCUUUUCCAAAGUAAUUGUUGUUGGCUCUCACAAAGUCUGCUUGAUCAGCAUUGUUGUUGAUGGGGAAGGAAUCUGUGGUUCCUCAAUGACUCUGAAAAUAUCUCCGUGAGUUUAAUACUAAUUUGAUAAUUUCUAUUUAUUACCAAAUUUCGGAAGUCUUUUGGUGUCAUAAAUCAGAUAUGAUAAUAGUUUUUCCAUUAUACUGGUACUUGUAAAGUAUCAUAAUGUAUCUUUUGAAACAUGCACAGUUUAGAUAUAUAUAUUUAAGUUAUCAAUGCUUUUUUUCCAAGAAAAAUUUCAAAUAACCUUAGUAAACAUUAUAUAUAUUCACCUGGUCACAACAUUAGAUACUUCUGCACACUCAUCUGUGAUAUUAUGCACAUGCCAAGAUUAGAUGAAAAUAAUACUUUAUCCCACCCCGAAGGGAAUAAGCGGUAGAAAAUGGAUGGAUGGAUGGAUAAUACUUUAUCCCACCUUUUUUGUGUUUCCUGCCUGAAAGCAGGCAACAUCACAACCAAAAUGCAUGAACCUUAUUAUUACUUGAUAGUUUGGCAUUGUUUAACAAGAGUAUCCAUCAUUGUAAUAUUUACAAGUCACAAAAGACCAAAUUCAUCAUAGGUCCUCUUUAAUGACGUCAUAACAGUAGUUUAUGUCCCGAGAACUUGUUUAUGAACACCCCACAUAACAAAAAUCUAUCUCCCUGACUUGUUUUCUCCAGUUUUGAGUUACGCAGAUCACAAAGGAAAGCUCUGUACAAAGUCAGGCUUCGUUACACAUCUUAAACCAAAGCCUGGAGCUCUGCCAGCUACUCAACAGCCAGCUAUUGACGAGGGAGCUCUGUGUGUGAUUUUCUUCAGUGAAAAGGUUACAUGAUGUUGCUGUAAAAAUGUGACCGUAAUGUUAGCACUGUAGCUAACACAGCUAAGCUAUUCCAUCUAUUGUUGUGUCUCAGUCAACAAGUUUUGUUGAAAUGUAGCAAACUUCAUCAAAUGUGUUCACAAGAAUUAAUUAAAAAUUGUUAUUAUAAAUUAUCAUACUUGUCCGGAAAAUGCUUUACUAUAUAUUUGCUCACCGAGUUCACUCUCCAAACAAAAUUGAGACCAAUAAUACUUGUUUGGAAUGGAAAUCUUACAACUCAUGAUUCAAUUCCAAUUCUUUGGGUGAUGAUUCGAUUCAGAAUCAAUUCUCAAUUCAACAUGAUUCUCGAUUCGAACUGAUUAUCACAAUAUAUUAUUUGGUAUGACCGUAAUAAAACCUUUCAAAACAGGUUACAGGUUAGAAAAGCCCCUCAUGGCUGCUGAUGUAUACGUAAGUACACAUAUUUAAUGGCUCUAAUUUUUCCAUCGACUUCUAAAUGCAGCUUAAGUUAUUUUAGGCAUGCGCUUACUCACAACAAAGAUGACUAAUUCAUGCUUAAAUAUUUAUUUAUACUGUAACGGUGCUGCUCAUUCAGCUGUUAAAAAAAUUAAAAUGACUAUUGAAAUGUUGUCCAUUUAAAAGAAAAAAGGCAAAUUGCUAAAAAAAACAAAAAAAACCUUGUGUAUAUAUUUAAAAAAAAAAAACUGUUAAAACAGCAGCAAUGAAGAACAAAAAAAUAAAACACAAAAUCUAGCUUCCUCAAAAAGAAAAUAAGCAUUUUGUGAUGUUUAAAAAGCUGUACACUGGUAUAUUGACUAUUGAUUAACUCCUGGCAGUUUAAGCACUCUGAUAGAUGUGUACAAUGUGUAGAAUUCUAUAUUUGACUAUUUCUUAAAAUGUUGGCUAUUUAAUAGAUUGUAUGUUUAAUUGGUGCUUGACUGUGUGCACGCGUACGUGCUUUGCCGUAAAAAACAAGGUCCACUUUGCAAAAUGAGCAAGGUAUUCAUGUUUUUUAACAAGAAUAAGAGGAAAUAUCCUCACACUUGACAUGUUAUCACUGGCAAUGUUUUUACGAGUCAACCAGUUGCGGCCGUAAAAACACAAUUAGAUAAGUAUAUGGCCUAAAGAACGUCUUUAUGAAAAUUGAGUGUGUGAAUGUGAGCGUGAAAGCUUUUCUGUCUAUCUGUGUUGACCUUACGACGAGGUACACCUUAAGCAGGAGUCGGCAACCCAAAAUGUUGAAAGAGUCAUAUUGGACCAAAAAUAAAAAAAUAAAAUCUGUCUGAAGCCGCAAAAAAUGUAAAGCCUUAUAUAAGUGUUAAAUUGAAGGCGACACAUGAUGUAAGUGUCUAUAUUAGCUAUAUUAGACUACUAUCAAAAUGACUGUGUUGCAGGCUGAUGCAAAUCUUCGUUGACAGAAAUGCCAUCCAUCCAUCCAUCUUCUUCCGCUUAUCCGAAAUGUUAUAAUGUAAUAUUUAUUCUACACAUUUUUACAACAUUGCAAAACAUUACUAAAACGGAGGCUUUUCUGAGGGUGUGAUAACUUCUGGAAAUGACUGGCUUAGAAUGGCCAAAGGUAAAGAUGUGUGUGUUCAAGUUGAAGGAAAGGGAAACUACAAAUAAAAUGAGCUCAAAUAUACCUAAAAUACGAGGCAUAAUGAUGCAUUAUGUACAUACAGCUAGCAUAAAUAGCAUGUUAGUAUCGAUUAGCUUGCAGUCAUGCAGUGACCAAAUAUGUCUGAUUAGCAUUCCACUCAAGUCAAUAACAUUAACAAAGCGCACCUUUUUGCAUUCACGCACAGUAUAAAACAUUUGAUGGACAAAUAGAGACAAAGAAGGAGUGGCAUAAAACACUUCUUUCUGUGGCCGCAUCAAGGAAAGUUGUACAUGCAAACAAACUACGGUGCGUUCAAUGACUUCCGAAAUCAGGACAAAAUGGGGCGCGCCAAAUACUCAUAUCAGUGAAGCAUGUUUAAUGUAAACGGUGGGAUUUCUUAACAAUUAAGAAGGUUUGUGUCAAGUGUGUCCUCCGACAGAAACCAUAUUAAAACAAAACUUUUUUUUUUUUCUCUCAUCCUUUUCCAUUUUCAUACAUUUUUAAAAAAGCUCCAGAGAGCCACUAGAGUGGCACUAAAGAGCCGCGCGUUGCCGACCCGCGAGCUAAAUGGACUAGCGGUAAAAAAUGGAUGGAUGUAUGAAUUCCUAAGAAAAAUAAUUCGUUUUUUUUUAUGGAUUUUUUUAAAAUUAUGAAUAGAUUUAGAAUUUGAAUAAAUAAGAUGCAGAUUUAUUUUUUCAGCACCCCAAAUAUUUAAUUCUAGGACACAAAGCAAACUUUUCUUACCAUAAGGCUACUUCUUCUGGCUGUCCCGUUCCCAUAAACUACCACAGUGGCUCACUUUUGCCUCCUGUGGACAAAAGGGGAAUUGAUGUACCGAUGCUAAUAUGGACAGUACUGUAUAUGUCUUAAGUUCAUUUAUUUGGGCAAUCAGUGUUCAUGAAAAUACAUCACAAGUGAAGCCUAUAAUCAGCGUGACACAGCCAGUUAGCAUUGCAUGCUAACUUCCUAUUAUUCUCCCUUGAUUUGUUGAGUUGUGGACACUUUGUGCACAGAUUUGUUUUGUGGCCAAAAAAAAAAAAAAAGGUAUGAAUGUGUCAUCCUGUGGAUGGGAAGCGCUGGAGAGGAAGUUCCUCACAUGUCCUGCAAUGGGCCGCUCGUCAAGAGGCCCUUUGUUUUAGGAGGUUAAUGCCUAAUUGAUGAGAACAGGCUUGUGUGCGCAGUGUGUGUGUGUGCGUGUAUCUGUGUGUGUGAGCCGGCGGCUGGACGAGCUGGCCAUAAUUGGAACGGACAAGGCUUGUGUGCCGGAGUGCACUGGGAAGAGAUUUAUGGGAAUGCAAGGAACGGCAGUGGGAAUGAGGAAGAAAAGGUGACAAUGAGAAGGGAGAAUGUGAGGGGAGUGGGAAUUUGGCGACGAUAGUGUUGCGAUAUCAUGAGAACUAAGUUGUUAACAAUGGAAAAUGGACAGGAAGUGUUACGAAGACACCACAUGUACUACUUUACUGCUAAUGCAUGUUGGGGCUUGAUAGUAAUUAUACUUGACUAAAUGCAAAGCUUUGCAAUACUGACGAACUGUCAUUUUGCGGGACACCUGUCUAUUUUUUUCUGACAAGUUGUCUUUUGCCAGACUAUUUAUGUGGAGGUCCCCAUCUCCUCUCCAGACAAGCUUUCAGCACCAAGGCUGGAGAGGCAUUAAUAGGGUGGGGGGUAGAGAGGGGGUUGCCUGCACUUCAGAAAACCUUGAAGAAUUGGGCCUGAAAGCAAGAGACAUUCUGGGUGGCUGCAUGAAGGAGGAAAAAAAAGAAAAGAAAUAAUGACAAGUAAAAUUCAAAAAAACCGGGGAGCUGGUGUGCAUAUUAAGUGAAGAGAAGGUUUGGGAGAAAAAUGAACGUGAGGCUUGACUGGGAUGAAAAGUAAAGAGGGGAGAGAGAAUUUAGGGUGAGAAAAGAAAAGCAGAGGUACAGUAAGGGUGAGAAAGACAGGGGUGGGAUGGACCAGAGCGAGUGAGAAUGAGGCUGAGGGAAGGAGGAGAGAGACCCCUCUGCUUUCCCACACUCCGGUCCGUUCCCACACUGGACCUGCCUAAUCCCUGUCUUAAUUGGGGGAGAAUUCCAGCGCACAUGUUCGCCUCGGCUGAGCGAAGGCUGGCAGACUGGCUUUAUAGCUGGGUGGUGUGUGACAUGCACACAGUGAGCACUUUGCUGCAGUGUAAACAUGUAUGUGACUCUAAGCAUGUCUCCCUUGGAAAUGUAUUCAAAACUAGCACACUAGGUAUUGACUUCCUUUCAGUACAAGUAGACAGCUCUACUCUAGUUUUGCAUUGGCCACAUACACACACUGUUUCAGGACUAGGUCUACGAUAGAACUGUAUUUGUACUGUAAAAGUAUUUGCACAAUUAAGUUAAGCCAUAUUGACAUUGUGCAUUGGAUUGGUCGACUUCUAAUUUACUCAACAUGUGAAAACCAGACAUUGAAAUAAUCUGUUUCAGUGUCAAACUGUCCCCCUCAUGAAACCUUUUCUAAUUGUAUAAACAAUGUGUUAAGGAACAUGUUAAUGUUUCUAAAACAACAUAAACAAGACUAACUGUUUAAUGACUUAAAUCAGUGGUUCUCAAACUUUCUUCACCAGGUAUCACCUCAGAAAGAACUUGGCAUUCUUGGCUCUCCAAGUACCACCAUAAUGACCAACAUUAAAAUACAGUAGCGUAGUAGGCCUAAGUGUUCAUUAAAACGAGGCAAAGGUUUUAUUUAAGAAAUAUAUUUAAUAUUUUUGGUCAAUGUAAUAUUACAGUGUUUGAACAGUAACACUGUGUUUGAAUAUAGCAAAAUAAAACAUUGGACUGAAAUCAAGCGAUUA